UGGCUGUAAAAACAAUAAUAUGAUAAAAGGUUGGAAAGUUAAACACCACUUAUUGUUGAGUUGUUUCCCUAUAUGUCCUUCUCCAAUCAGGCAAAUCUCACUCUCAAACACAUAUCAAACACAAAUCCCCCUUCUUUUCGAGUUGCACCGAAAGACUUCAACCAAACCAUCAAAGUGAAAGAUUCAAGAAACAGUUAAAUAGACACCCACAAGAAAGAAGAAGGAGAAAUCGAAUUGAAUAAAGAUGGAGAAUGGAGGAUCGACAAUCACAAUUAAAGGGAUUCUGAGUUUGCUGAUGGAAAGCAUCUCAGAGUUGGAAGAUGAAGAAGGAAGAUGCGUGAAGAGAGUUAUAUCACUUGGAAUGGGAGACCCAACACUCUACUCGUGUUUCCGUACAACACAAGUUUCACUUCAAGCUGUCUCAGAUUCUCUUCUCUCCAACAAGUUCCAUGGUUAUGCUCCCACCGUUGGUCUUCCUCAAACUCGAAGGGCAAUCGCAGAGUAUCUAUCGCGUGAUCUUCCAUACAAACUAUCUCAAGACGAUGUGUUCAUCACAUCUGGUUGCACACAAGCAAUCGACGUAGCAUUGGCAAUGUUGGCUCGUCCCAGGGCCAAUAUACUUCUUCCAAGGCCCGGCUUCCCGAUAUAUGAACUCUGCGCUAAGUUUAGAAACCUCGAGGUUCGCUACUUCGACCUUCUUCCAGAAAACGGAUGGGAGAUCGAUCUUGACGCUGUCGAGUCUCUUGCAGACGAAAACACAGUUGCUUUGGUUGUUAUAAACCCUGGUAAUCCUUGUGGGAAUGUCUAUAGUUACCUGCAUUUGAUGAAGAUUGCGGAAACGGCGAAAAAACUAGGGAUUCUUGUGAUUGCUGACGAAGUUUAUGGUCAUCUUGCUUUUGGGAGCAAACCAUUUGUGCCAAUGGGUGUGUUUGGAUCUAUCGUCCCGGUGCUUACUCUUGGAUCUUUAUCAAAGAGAUGGAUAGUUCCUGGUUGGCGGCUUGGUUGGUUUGUGACCACUGACCCUUCUGGCUCGUUUAAAGACCCAAAGAUCAUCGAGCGGUUCAAGAAGUACUUUGAUAUUCUUGGUGGACCAGCCACAUUUAUCCAGGCUGCAGUUCCCACGAUUCUUGAACAGACGGACGAAUCAUUCUUCAAGAAAACGUUGAACUCGUUGAAGAACUCUUCGGAUAUAUGCUAUGACUGGAUCAACGAGAUUCCUUGCAUUGAUUCCUCGCAUCGACCAGAAGGAUCCAUGGCUAUGAUGGUUAAGCUGAAUCUCUCGUUACUAGAAGAUAUAAGCGACGAUAUCGACUUUUGUUUCAAGCUAGCUAGAGAAGAAUCAGUCAUCCUUCUUCCUGGGACUGCGGUGGGGCUUAAGAACUGGCUGAGGAUAACGUUUGCGGCUGAUGCAUCUUCGAUUGAAGAAGCUUUUAAAAGGAUCAAAUGUUUUUAUCUCAGACAUGCCAAGACUCAGUCUCAAACCAUAGUUGAUUUGUGAUUUUUGUAUGGUCAAAAUGUGCUUAGAAAAAGAAAAAAAAAGUGUUUAGAAAGCACAUACAGUAUAGUGUUUUCUAUUUCUCUCUAUUUAAAAUAUGUGAUAUACAAGUAGCUUUAUUGUAAUAAAAUAAACUCAAUCAAAGGAAAAAUACAUGUUUAGGAAAUAUUUAUAAAAAGAAUCAGAUACAGUUUUGAGCA